AUGCGAGAUAGCUGCAGUGUAUUUCGGUCGUCAGUGUUGCCAGAUAGGUGCAGUGUAUUACGGGCGCCUGUGAUGCGAGAUAGCUGUUGUGUAUUUCAGGCGCCAGUGAUGCGAGAUAGCUGCAGUGUAUUUCGGUCGUCAGUGUUGCCAGAUAGGUGCAGUUGGAGAACCCUUUGGGGUGUUUUUGAAACAGGCUGGAGGGGACUAAAUAGUUCCUGUUAUUAUCUUAAUGAAAACAAACUGAAUUGGACAGAUGCCAGGAAAUGGUGUUUGGAGAGGAGCAGUUAUCUGGUAGAGAUAGAGAGUGAGCUUGAAAACAGUUUUCUGUCUGGAAUUGCAGCUGAUGCUGGAUACAAUUGCUACUACUACAUUGGUUUAAAUAAACAUGAUGUCGAUAAUACAUGGAAAUGGAACACCAGUGGGAACUCUGUUAAUUACAGAUCAUGGUAUGAAAAGCAACCAGAUGGCGACGGCCGGUGUGGGCAGUAUGACAGUGCCUGGAAACAAUGGAACGAUAUCCCUUGUGAAAGAAAACAUUGCUUCAUCUGCGAAAGAACUGGUAAAAUUUAUUUAGACAAUAGUCAAAUUGUAGAAGAUGUUAAAUUUGAUAGGCUCAGUGCUGUUGAUAUUUAUUUAUUUUUGACAUGA